GUUUUCAUAAAUAUUAUCAUAACAUUUGGUGAUAUAAUAAUAAAUCAAAUAAUUGGUCAAAAAUGCCACUAAAAACUGAAGUUUACGACAAGGAUCACAACAUCAAUGAGUAUACCCUCAGUAAUAGCACCGGGGGUUUGGAGGUGAAGAUCAUAGACUACGGCGCGACCAUUACUCACGUGUUUGUGACCGACAAAAGCGGCCAAAAGCGCGAUGUAGUGCUCGGUUGGGACGAUCUCGAGGGCUAUCUCGGCAAUCGUGGCCGCAAUCCAUUCUUCGGGGCCGCUAUUGGCAGAUGUGGUAAUCGCAUAUCUAACGGCAAGUUUGAACUGAACGGCCAGUCGUAUACACUGGCGCUGAACAACGGGCCAAACGCACUGCACGGCGGCCUUAAAGGCUAUGACAAACACCGGUGGACUCUCAUCGGGAAGACUAAUGAUUCAAUUUCGCUGGAGUUGGUGUCGCCCGACGGGGACGAGGGAUAUCCGGGAGAGUUGAGGGUAGAGCUCACAUACACUGUCACCGACGCCAAUGAGUUAACGCUGGACUACACGGCAAGACUGGCCGCUGCGGAACACUCGGUGGACACUAUCGUAAACCUUACGAAUCACUCGUAUUUCAAUCUGAGCGGCUGUAGCGCCGACGGCCCGGAGCUGGACGUACUCAACCAUACCGUACGGAUGUCUGUCCACAACUAUCUGGACAUUAACGACGCGUUUCAGCCGACGGGCAAAAUACUGUCCACCAAAUCGGAUACACCGGCGAUGGACUUUACGACCGGCAACGACCAGGAAUGGCAUACAAUAGGCGAACGUAUCGGUCAGGUGUUGCCCAACGGUUACGAUCAUUGCUAUGUCAUCGAUACGGAUCCCAAGAAGUAUAAUAUCGGUGGCAAUGAGUCGGUGAAUGAGGCAGUGGUUGAGGUGCGGUCACCGCUAACGGGAAUAUCGUUGACGUUCUCGACCACUGAACCGGGCUUUCAGUUUUAUACGGGUAAUAAUGUGACCGAAGCUCAACGCACUAAAACAACUCAAGCGGUUCCGGCCAUUGAGUUGCGCAAGAAUUCGGGUUUUUGUCUGGAGCGGAAAAAGUUGGCCAACAUUUUGCCCGAAGAGUUUGCAAUGAAUUUGAUUCAAGUGUUAUGUCCGGCCGAAGAGGACGCCAAACGACCGGAGGACACACUGACGGGCGUUAAGCUGACGGACGUGUGGACCGAAACGGAGAGAUUUGCCGACACUUUCGACGAAAUCGAGUUCUUUGCGGACUUAAACCGAAGCCGAUUUUUGGCCACUAUUUCGGCACAGAAUGCGUUCGCCGAAAGCGUCGGACCACUGAUUGUGGCGUUAAUUAAAUGCAGUUCUCGGCCAGAAUUGGAGCGAUUGGUGCAAAUGUUGAUGAGUUUACUGAAAAGUCAAGACUAUCUCUACAUAGCGUAUUCGUUGAGUCUAUGGUUAGCCGUCUUCGACAGCGACUUUCAUCAGUCCGAAGAGAAUCGGCGUCUAUUCGCCGACCAUUUGACCGAAUUGUUAACUCUGUGUUCAAUUCAUUGCCAAACGUGUAAUCAAAACGACACGAAACUCACGCCCGAGUUUCAGCUGCACAUCAAAGUCCCUGCGCUGAAGACUGUCCGCUCUAUACUGCAUGUGAUGUCGUCGCAGACAGCGCUGACCAGCGCUCACGUGUCGCUCGGACUGCAGACCUGUGCGGACGCCCGACUUGGCGACUAUCACUCGGCGCCCGAACUGUUUGUCCACUUAUUUGACUGCAUAUACGGUGUGCUCAACGAACUCCUACUCCAACACAAGUCUGUGGCCAUCGCUUCGGUGGCCUCAACGCACACUCUGAUCGCGGAUCUGAUGCGGGCGUUGAUGACAGUGUCGGCCGAACAGCGGUUUGUCGACUACGAGCCGCCCGUACGGCACGAGUUGGAGAUUUGCUCCAAGAAUAUGGACCGACUGUUGACACUGACCGCCGGUCUCGGAGCCGAUUACGCGGUGUUUGCCCCACACCUGAUGGCGGCGUAUGUGUCGCACACCGAACGCGUGUCCGUUCACGCGGUGGUCAAGAAGAAUGUGAUGUCGGGAAUGAAUCGGUUGUUGAAAGUGAUGUCCGGCGCCGACAGUAAUGCAGUGGAAAUGCUUUACAGCCGUUUCACUGACUCUAAGCGACAGAUAUUUAAAUUGAUUUUUGAUAAUUUCGACAAAUAUUACAAAUUUAAAGGACAGAUAUAG